AGAAAGCUAAUAAUGCAAAUCAAGAAAUCAGCUUGGUAGAACAAGAUCCAAUUCAUAAAUGGUGUACACAUAUUAAUUCCUUGUUGCAGUCCAAAGUUAGUGGUGCGAAAUGGGCUGGAGUUUCUUUUGUGAAAAUUUCUAUCCAACAAUCUGAGAUACUGUUUACUCAGAACUUACAAUCAUGGUCCUCUGCUUUAUUAACUUUGCUCACACGACCAGAAUCAACUCUUAUUUUGUCCGAUGUCAUUUUGAUGCUUUCUAAUAUGUUUGAAAAAACAAUUAACAAACCAGAGUUACAAAGGGAGGUAACUUCACACCAACUUCCUCGUUUUAAUAUGACUCUCUUAAAUCUAUCUGAAAAUAAAGAACUUUUG